CCUUUUCCUGGCAGGGCCCCUGGACCGUUCCAAGCUGCAAAGCCAUGGAGAUGCAGUCCUAUUACACCAAACUCUUGAGCGAGCUGAAUGAGCAACGGAAGAGGGACUUCUUCUGCGACUGUAGCAUCAUCGUGGAAGGGAGGAUUUUCAAGGCCCACAAGAACAUUCUGUUUGCCAACAGUGGCUACUUCAGGGCUUUGCUGAUCCACUACAUUCAGGACAGUGGCCGGCACAGCACGGCUUCCCUGGACAUUGUUACUUCCGAGGCCUUCUCCAUUAUCCUGGACUUCCUUUAUUCAGGUAAGCUGGAUCUUUGUGGGGAAAAUGUGAUUGAGGUCAUGUCAGCCGCCAGUUACUUGCAGAUGACUGACGUGGUCAACUUCUGCAAGACGUACAUCCGGUCGUCGUUGGACAUCUGCAGGAAAAUCGAGAGAGAAGCUGCUUUCUACCAGGCGGACAGUGGGAGUUCCGGUUCUGCCAGAGAAGGCGCAUCCUACGGUGCAAAGUCCCAGUGCUCAGCAUCCGCUUCCUCUCUGCAGGAAAAGGAGGGCAUUCCGGAUUGUCCGCAAGUUCCUCCCUGCGGGGACUGUAGCAGCUGCCAUCACGUGGAACUCCUGGCCAGGGACCCUGCGAGCAGCGAGUCUCCGGAUGACACAAACUCUUCGGCGCCCAAGGGGAUCGAACCGAAGGUUGAGUUUGAUGCAGAUGAGGUGGAAGCUGGGGAGCGGUUGCAGCAAUACCCCACCCCCUUGACGAUUGAGCAGAUCGAAGAGGGGCUUCACGGUGGGCAGGCGAUGGACCUGGCGUGCAGCAGCUACCACAUGAAACAGGUCCUCGAAGCCUUGCUGCGCAACAGCGCGUCCCAAAGAAAAGACGAGGUGGUCCACCCUUUCGUCCGUGGCUUCGAGGGCAGGCCAGAAGAUGCGGGCAUGCCCAUGAGUUCCAUGAUGGACAUUCACAAUGACUGGUAUGGAGAGGAUACAGGUGAUGUCCUGGUGGUGCCAAUCAAGCUGCACAAAUGCCCGUUUUGCCCGUACACUGCUAAGCAGAAAGGCAUCCUGAAGCGCCACAUCCGCUCCCACACGGGGGAGAGGCCCUACCCCUGCGAAAUAUGCGGCAAGCGCUUCACGCGGCAGGAACACCUGAGGAGUCACGCCUUAAGCGUCCAUCGGUCCAACAAGCCCAUCAUCUGCAAAGGCUGCCGGCGAACGUUUACCAGCAGCCUGACUCAAGGCUUGCGGCGCUUUGGCCUGUGCGACAGUUGCACCUGCGUCACCACCACUCACGAGGAUUCGAUGCCAAUCAACCUCAGUCUCAUGGAACCUUCCUCAGAAGGGCAGGAAAAGAAUGAUCCGGACAACGACUGGCCCAUCUACGUCGAAUCCGGGGAUGAAAACGAUCCGCCCGAAGAUGAUGAGGCCGACCCUGACGAUAAGCAGGGCCUCCACCAAGAAGCGCUUAUGUAGCAGCACGAGGGGGGGCUUGGGGGGCGGCUGGGAA